UUGAUCCCUUUCUCAUUUCAAUAUAAAAUGGCUGUUUGUUUGCUUAAAGUGUUGAAUGUGGACUCUUCAUCAAGAAAAGAUACUGAUUGCUCAACUGGUUGAAAAGAAAUAAUUUUUUACCAAUACUGAAAAAUGUCCAAAACAACAAAGAAGAAGCAUGUAGCAAAGGAAGUUUUAGAUACGUUAGUUGUUCCUGAGGGGGAACAACAAAUUGUUCGAGUAUGUGUCUUAUGGUGCUUUUUUGAGGUAAUAUGUGGUAAAGGCAAUAAUCUUCAUGAAGUAGAAUCAGACGUAGGAGAAAAAUUCCUUGUCAGCAUGCCAACCAAAUUCCGCAAGAAUGUGUGGAUUAAAAGAGGUGACUUUGUGAUAGUGGAACCAAUAGAAGAAGGAGAUAAAGUGAAAGCAGAAAUCGUUCAUAUCUUGUAUAAGGAUCAGAUCAAACAUAUUAAAAGUGAAGGCAAAUGGCCUGUUGAAUUUGAGGAGACCAAAAUUCUGGAAAAUAAUUGUUGUGAUGAUCCAAAUGCAGCUUUAGACAGUGAUGAAGAUAAUGACAGUGAUUUAUUUGUAAACAGAAAUAGGCCAGAUAUUAGUUACAAUGAUGACUCUGAUACAUCCUCAGAAUCAGAAGAUGAAAGCUGUGAAUAAAAAUACCUCUAUGACUUUGAUAUUUUUAUUUUCUUAAGGAUAUAUUUUGCAAAAUACAUUUCCUU